UUUAGGGACACAGUGAGAGUCGGAGACGGAACUGGGCGGCCAUAACUGGCAGCUUGAAUCCUUGAAUCAGUCUCCAUUUCUUCAUCCUUCAAGGAUAUUGUCAUCGAUCAAAUUCUAAGAGAUCAGAUACCCAUUUCGGAUGGCAUUUUUCAAUUCAAUAACAAGAAGCCUUGUAAGAAAAUCUCUGGGCAGCCACUCAAGAAGUGGUGUAAGAUGCAUGAGCAACCUGCCGGAGAAUGCAGUGUACGGUGGUCCCAAGCCCCAAGACCCGAACCGGAGAACAACCCUUGCCACUCUCCGGCAGAAGCACCGCAAGGGGGAGCCCAUAACCAUGGUCACAGCCUACGAUUACCCUUCUGCCGUGCAUCUCGACACUGCUGGGAUUGAUAUAUGUCUAGUAGGUGACUCUGCCGCUAUGGUGGUUCAUGGCCACGACACCACUCUGCCCAUCACUCUUGAUGAGAUGCUCGUGCAUUGUCGAGCUGUUGCCAAAGGAGCUAAAUGCCCUUUUCUAGUUUGCGACCUCCCUUUUGGUAGCUAUGAGUCCAGUACCGAACAGGCUGUUGAUACAGCAGUAAGGGUUUUAAAGGAAGGAGCGAUAGAUGCUAUUAAGUUGGAAGCUGGUGCACCGUCCAGAAUUACAGCAGCUAAAGCAAUUGUUGAAUCGGGAAUUGCUGUGAUGGGGCAUGUUGGACUUACCCCUCAGGCCAUUAGUGUUCUUGGAGGAUUUAGGCCUCAAGGUAGAAAUGUCUGUAGUGCAGUCAAGGUUUUGGAAACUGCCUUGGCUUUCCAGGAAGCAGGGUGCUUCUCCGUUGUUUUGGAAUGUGUGCCGUCGCCUGUGGCUGCUGCAACAACAUCUGCUCUUAAGAUUCCCACCAUUGGCAUUGGGGCUGGACCAUUCUGUAGUGGUCAGGUGCUAGUUUAUCAUGAUUUGCUUGGGAUGAUGCAACAUCCACAUCAUGCCAAGGUUACUCCUAAGUUCUGUAAACAAUAUGGGCAUGUUGGAGCUGAAAUCAACAGAGCACUUGUACAAUACAAGGAAGAAGUGACAAAUGGUUCUUUCCCGGGUGACACUUAUAGUCCAUAUAAAAUUAGUGCUGCUGACAUGGAUGGUUUCCUUCACGAACUACAGAAGUUGGGUUUUGACGACGCAGUAUCUGCAGCUGCUACUGCAGCCGAGAAGAUUCAAACACCACCAAAAUGAUCGGAGUUUCGAAAGAUGAGGAUCGAAAUAAAAGCAUUACGGAUUUAUGGGAGAAGCAAAAGAAGAGAUUCCCUAUGGUUAAAAUGAUCUAUAAGCUCCUAAAUAAGCUCUACCAAACAGAGUCAUAAUAGAGCAUGCAAGCUAAGGAUCUGGGCGACAAUGCUAAUAACAUGUUUGAGAAGAUGUUCCCUUCCUCUGAGUUGAUUAGUUUGUCUUAUUAAUUUGAGUCGAGAGGAUGCAUUGCUAG